AUGCCCCCGCGAGGGGAGCGGCGCGGGCCACAGGGCAGUGGGAUGGUGGAGACGCAGUUUGUGCUGUCCUUCGUGCACCGCUUCCUGGAGCACCGCGGUGCCACCACCUACUUUGCCUUCUGCUACCCCUUCUCCUACACGGAGUGCCAGGAGAUGCUGGCGCAGCUGGACGGCCGCUUCCAGGAGUGCAGGCACAUGUCUCCCAGCAGCCCCCUCGACUCUGUCUAUUACCACCGGGAGCUGCUCUGCCACUCCCUGGACAAGCUGCGAGUGGACCUGCUCACCGUCACCUCGUGCCACGGCAUGCUGGAGAAGCGGGAGCCCCGGCUGGACAAGCUCUUCCCAGACACGAGCACUCCGCGGCCGCGCCGCUUCGCAGGGAAGAGGGUGUUCUUCCUGAGCAGCAGAGUCCACCCGGGAGAAACGCCCUCCAGCUUCGUCUUCAACGGCUUCCUGGACUUCAUCCUGCGGGAGGAGGACCCCCGCGCCCAGAUGCUGCGGCGGAUGUUCGUCUUUAAGCUCAUUCCCAUGCUGAACCCCGACGGGGUGGUGCGAGGCCACUAUCGAACUGACUCCCGUGGGGUAAACCUGAACCGCCAGUAUCUCAACCCCGACGCCGAGCUGCACCCUGCAGUGUACGGGGCCAAAGCUGUCCUCCUCUACCACCACGUUCACAGCCGCGUCCUGCCGGGCUCUCCUGACUGGAGGACGUACGUCUCGCCACUCGGCACCAGCUCGCUAAGCACAAAAUCUUCCAACCAUUCCGUCCGCAGCAGCGCCCCGUCCCCGGAGGCAGCCCUAUCGGAGCUGGAGAAAGCCAAUAACCUCCGCAACUCACCCAGCACCUGGCGUGCCGGCACGUACUUCAGCCCUUCUCAGGAACCCCAGCUCUCGGGAGCGCCUGCCGCCGAGCUGGGCAGCAAGGACCAAGCUGUCUGGAUCCUCCCUUCAAGCCACACCGUGGAGCACUGUGAGGAGGAAGCCAGGAGGCCUCCACCAGCACCUCUCCCUGAAACCAUCCUGCCCCAGGACAGUGGGCUGGCCUACUACGUCGAUCUCCACGGGCACGCCUCCAAGCGCGGCUGCUUCAUGUACGGCAACAGUUUCAGCGACGAAAACGAUCAGGUGGAGAACAUGCUGUUCCCCAAACUCAUCUCCUUGAACUCGCCUCACUUUGACUUCACGGGCUGUAACUUCUCAGAGAAGAACAUGUACGCCAAAGACAAGCGGGACGGGCAGUCGAAGGAGGGCAGCGGGCGCGUGGCCGUCUACAAAGCCUUGGGGAUCAUCCACAGCUACACGCUGGAGUGCAACUACAACACGGGGCGCUCGGUGAACAGCAUCCCCGUGGCCUGCCACGACAACGGGCGGGCCAGCCCGCCGCCCCCUCCCGCCUUCCCCUCCAAAUACACCGUGGAGCUGUUUGAGCAGGUCGGGAGAGCCUUGGCCGUGGCAGCGCUGGACAUGGCAGAGUGCAAUCCCUGGCCCCGGAUCGUCCUGUCGGAGCACAGCUGCCUCAGCAACCUGCGAGCCUGGAUGCUGAAGCACGUGCGCGGCAUGAAGGGCGCAGGCGGGGGCCCGCGGAGGAGAGGAGGUGCCAGGACCCCCCCCCGGAGCUCCACCGGGCUCCCCACCUCGGCCUCCGAUAACGCCCUGUCCCGCAUGAGGAGCUUCAGCAACGGCACCAGCGGGAGCGGCAGCAGCCAGCAGGACUCGCCACAGAUCAAAGCCUCCUCCAGCUUCACCUUCAGCUGCAGCAGGCCCUCGGGUCCGGCCGCUGCGAGCCAGAGUCCUCAGAAAGGCAGCGCCAGAGCCCCGGCACCAGGCAGAGGUAAGCUGGGCUGGGGACCUCUUGUGCGCUUGAUCCAGUACCUGUCGAGCUGCUGUGCGAAGCCGCAGCCCUGAGGAGAGCUCUGUGCCAGCAUA